AUGAUAAUUUCCCCAAAUUGUGACCUAGCGUCAGGAUUUAAUGAUUUAAGAAGCAAAAAUAUCGACGAAAUCUCAGAAAUAAUUAAAAAGGCAAAGGAAGAAAAAGAAAAUCAUUUGGGCGUUUCGCUUAUCCAUAAAGAAAAAGAAAACAUAAAUGUAUUAAAAACAUUUACAGAGAGUCAAGCAAUUUGUUAUACCACAUGUAAAGAGAAUUUAUACAAGCGAUUUGAAAGAGACAUAGAAGAAUAUAAAAAUGUCAGCACAAAAAAUAACAUAAAUUUUCACGAAAAUAAAAAAAGAAAAUUAGAAAAAUAUUAUCAAGAUAUGGAGCAUCAAAUGUGUUUUCAUGCAUGUUCUAAGAUGUAUUUUCACUUGCUUCAAGACCGGCUCUGA